AAUCUCUCUGUUUCUCAUCCCGCAUUGUCGGAUCGCCUCCAAUAUCACAGAGUUCUCACAGCAGAGAGAAAAAGGAAAGACGACAAAGGCAAUCUCAAACCCUUGAAUUGUUACUCCAAAAACCAAGAAAAGAGCAAUGGCCGACCGGCUUCACCCUCGCCGGAAGAAAAAGAUCGUCGCCUACGUCAUAGCCGGCGUGAUAGCACAGACUGCCAUCAUCCUCCUCUUCGUGCUCCUGGUAAUGCGUAUCCGGAACCCGAAAGUCCGGCUCAGCUCCGCCACUGUUGAAAAUCUCAAGCUCAACACUUCGUCCACGUCGCCUUCCUUCGGCAUGCAGCUCCGUGCAGAGGUCGCCGUCAAGAACACCAACUUCGGCCACUUCAAGUUUGACAGCACCAGCGCGACGAUCUCCUAUCAAGGUGCCACUGUCGGAAGUGCCGAUAUCAUGAAGGCCAAGGCGAAAGCAAGAUCCACAAAAAGGAUGAACGUGACGGCCUCGGUUGGCUCUAAAAAAUUCUCGUCGGCUACACAGUUUAGGAGCGACGUCAAUUCGGGGACAUUGACGUUGAGUGGACAUGCCAAGUUGAGUGGAAAGGUUGUGCUGUUCAAGAUUUUCAAGAAGAAGAAAUCUGCGGAAAUGAAUUGCACAAUGGACGUGGAUACUAAAGCCAAAGUGAUCAAGAACUUGAAGUGCAAGUGAAAUAACAUGGAUACAAUGCAUACUCGUUGUAAUUUACUUUUUCUUAAUUGAUUUCUUUAUUUUUCAAGUCAGUUCGAUUCUUCGGUUUUUCUUUUUUUUGUUGCCAGUGUUCGCUAUGCUUCUUUGGUUUGUGGAGAGGGAUAUUGUCGACAGGCCUCUCAUUUGCACAUCCUUUUCGUGACAUGAAUUUGUUGUUCUUAUCGGAUUGAAUUCGGCUUUUAAAGACCAUUUUGAGUGUUC